UGAAAUCAAACAUGCGCCUGCUCUGGUCUGGACUUAUAAUCAUUCUAGCUGUCUCUUCGCGUACGGCUACCGGCGAUCCUUUGGAUGUGUGCCUGAAGGAUCUGGGCUGUCUGCGGGGCACCCACAUGCCAGGAUAUCAGGGCGAGGAGUUUGAGGCCUUCAUGGGCAUACCAUUCGCAAAGCCUCCUGUGGAUUCCCUCCGACUCAGAAAUCCUGUGCCCUCUGGGGCCUGGGAGGGCAUCCUGGAUGCUGGCACAGCCAAGGAUGGUUGCCUGCAGAGGAACUUUUUUGGCGUAGAAUGGACCAUUAGGGGAGUGGAAGAUUGCCUCUACCUGAAUAUCUACAGGCCAAAGAAACGCGAUGGAAGUCCCUUGCCUGUCAUGAUAUACAUCCAUGCUGGGGGUUUCUUUAGCGGCACAGCCCAUCCGGUUGCCAGUGGACCCGAGUAUAUGAUGGACACGGAGCAGGUGAUAAUGGUCACCAUACCCUACCGCUUGGGUCCUUUAGGAUUCCUGAGCACUGGCGAUACGAAUAUGCCUGGAAAUUUCGCUUUAAAGGAUCAGCGCCUGGCCAUGCAGUGGGUGCAGCAGCACAUCGCAGACUUUGGAGGUGAUCCCCAGCUGGUGACAAUCUUUGGCCACAGUGCGGGAGGAAUGUCUGCCCACUAUCACAUGCUCAGCCCCAGCUCAAAGGGACUCUUUCACCGGGCCAUGUCCUUGGAUGGCACCAUUCUAUCAGCAGUCCUUCAGAUCAACAAGGAACCCUUGGCUCAGGCGAGAAAGCUGGCUGCUGUUGCUGGCAUCGAGGGGGCAGAGAGCUUGGACAGCAAGGAGCUGGCUCAAGCUCUGCGUGAGCUUGAUCCUGUUAAACUGCACAAGACUGUAGAUUCCCUAAAGGUCUGGGAUAACUUUCCCUUCAUCAGUAAUCCGCCGGUCGUCGAGCCUGUUGGAUGUCCAGAAGCCUUUUUCACCGAGGACCCGGUGAAGGCGCACCUCGAGGGACGCAUCAAUCAGGUGCCAUGGCUGCUGGGCGCUAAUUCAAGGGCCGGAGAGGGUUCUAUUGCCGUUCUGCAUCCUUUCGACGAUCGAAAACUACGGGCGGAGCUUAACGAGCGGUUCCUGGAGCAUUUUUCCCAUAUGCUGCAUUUGCCUGAUGGCACAUCGCCUCAGGUUGUCCGGGAGAUCUUAGACGCCUACGGAAUUGAGGGAGAGACGAUUAGCAAUGAUACACUUGUGCCGCUGGCCCAGAUCGCGGGCGACUUUAUCUUCUAUUAUCCACUUUUCGAGACGGCCUCCAGCUAUGCGAAAUACGCAGACCUAAAGGAGAAUCCGCUCUCCUUCUACUUUUUCGAGUACCGUGGAAUGCGCACUCUCUCGACUUUGUUUAGCGGUGCAUCGAUUGAGUACGGAGUGGGUGCAGCUCACAUGGACGAUGCUCUGCACACCAUACGGAUUCCAGCUAUUGUCGAGGACUAUCCCAAGGAUUCGGAGGAUGCAGAGGUCGUUAAACGGAUGACCUCGAUGAUGGUUGACUUUGCCAAGACAGGGAUCUUCCACAGUGGCACCGCCUGCCUGGCAUCGGAUUUCACGGAUCAGGAGAUGUGCAGCUAUGUCCAUUUUGGUGGCACUGUUGGGAGCUACCAGCAGGACAUCCAGAAGGACAGGAAAAUGGAGGGCUAUGCAAUAUGGAAGAAGUUAUUUUUCUGAAAAAGCAGAAACUAUUUUCAAGGUUAAUUGAAUGGUAGAGCCGCCAUGCGUAUAUCACUUAAUAUGUGGAAUUGUAACGGCCAUUGUAGUAUCAAAGAGGAGAGUCGAGAGACGCACUUUUGAUUCACAAUACAAAUACAUCACUUAACUGUAGCUCAAUGUCAA